AUGGCCAGUCAACUUGCAAUCCACAGAAGUCAAUUUGAACAGGGGUCUCAAGAAUGCUUUCUCCUGGGAGAUAUUCUUCUCAAGCUCCUUUCUAUCUACCAGACAUAUGCCCUCCUUCUUGGGGAAAGUUUUUUUUUAGCUUGUGAAACAGGGCCGGAUUGGGACUUAGCCUGUCCCCAUAAUUCGUUCCGCUCAGUCACAAUCGGCCUUCUUUUCUUUUUAAAUUUUUCCUCCUCCUGUUGCUUUUCCUCCCUCCCCCUUUUCAAAGAAGAAGUGGUGGCACCUCAUACACCUCCAUACGGUCGUCCAGUGGUUUUAGUGGAUGCAGCUGUUGUUGCUGAUCUUGUUGAUCUCUUUGUUUCUCAUGUUCUUGCGGCGUCUUUUUUUGUUGUUGCUGCUGGUUUUACUGCUGCUGACACUGCUUCAGGGGUUGCGGUUGUUGUUGACGCCGUUUUUGUUUCAGCUGCUGUUCUUGUUCUUGUUCUUGAUCUUGCACAUACUGUUAUUGAGCAAGCUAACUUUGGUUCAUACGUUUUUUCUUUUUCAUUGUUGCUUGCAUCAUCAACAGCGCUUGUCCUUUCACGCUGUCAUUUUGUGCGUCACCACGAGUUUCAUUAUCUGGAAGCGAUUUUUCUUUCUCAUAUUCUUCCUGUUCUUUUCACCAUAUUGUCAUCUGUUCUUGUUUCUCGUUAUACAUGUUUUUCUUCUUUUCCUUUACGUAUCCAUAUCUUUCUUUUCGCUCAUGUGAAUUCCUGUUCCAAAUUCAUUCCCUUUAAUUCUUUUUCUUCUUUUUCUUCUUCUUCUUCUUCUUCUUCUUCUUCUUCUUCUACUUUUUCUUCUUCUUCUUCUUCCGCUUUAACUUCUGAGGCUCCUAAUUCCUUCACUUUCAUUCUUGUUCUUGUUCUUGUUCUUGUUCUUCUGCUUCUUCUUCUUCUUCUUCUUAUUAUUAUUAUUCUUUCACUUCUGUGGCUUCUAAUAUAUGUACUCUUCUUCUUCUUCGUCAUCGCUGUCGUCGUCGUCUUCUUCCUUUUCCUUCUGUUUUUUCGUUUUCUUCUUCUUUUUUUCUUUUUCAUCUUAAUUAUCAUCGUCGUCGUCCUUCUUUUUUCUUCUUCAUCUUACACUAGGUUUCUUCUACGAGCCUCUUUCUUAAUUGUCUUUUUUUUCUUCUUUUUCCCUGUUCGAUUUCUUCUUCAUCUUACCUUUUUUUUUUUUAUUAAUCUCGUCUCUCACUCUUUCUUUGUUAAUUACGUCUUCUUUCUCUCUCUCUCUCUCUCUCUUCUGCUUCUUCCCUUCUUGAUUAUCUCUUUGUUUUCCUUUCUUUCUUGUCUCUACAUCAUCUUUUUUCUUUUACUUGGUACACACUCUUUUUUUCUUUUUCUUUUCGUCUUCUUUUCCUUUUUCUUCUUGCUAUCUUCUCUCAAUCAUAUCUACUUUUGUUUUUGUUUCUUCGUCUCUUUUAUCUUUAUUCUUCUUCUUACUUUCUUCUUUUUUUUCUUCGUAACUUUCUCCUUGAUUUUCAUUUGA